AGUUUGAAUCGUGUCAGUUUAACCGCUGUGCCAUCUGUAGCUCUGUCUAUUUCCAUCAGCAUGAGCCACUCAUGUUAAACUUCCAGCAGCGUUUCCAGCCCGUCACACAGCGCUUCCUGGUAGGGGUUGUCCGCUGUGUUGCGCUCUACAGCAAACAGCUUCCCUUUAACACGGACAGAGCGCGUCAACUGCUGAACAACAAGCUUUUUCCUUUCUUUUCUUUAUUUUAAAGUUUAGGACAACAGAAAAGGAGGGUGGGGGGGGGGAAUUAUAUCCGCAGGGUCACAGCUCUACACCGCGACUGACCGUAGAGAAACAGUUAUCCCGCCCGGCUGAGGAGAAAAAGCCAUGGCCAUUAUAACCUGCCGUGUGCAGUAUCUGGAGGACUCGGACCCUUUCGUGUGUACCAACUUCCCGGAGCCACGGAGACCGCCGCCCUAUGAUCUGGACGAAAACAUCGCCUUGAUCGAGCAGAUAGCCGGGGUUCACAAACUCCUGGAGGCACCGCUGAAGUUGGAGGAGUGUGCUCUGCAGAUGGCCCUCAAUGGGAACUACCUGGACCUGGACCUGUCUCUGGGGGAACAGAAAGACGAUGUGGAACAGCUCUAUGACGAUGUGGCUAAAGGGAAGAAACCCAUCCUGAUCCUGAGAACUCAGCUAUCUGUCAGAGUCCACUCCAUUCUAGAGAAGCUGUACAACUCUCAUGGACCUGAGCUCCGGAGGUCCCUGUUCUCCCUCAAGCAGCUCUUCCAGGACGAUAAAGACCUGGUGCCAGAGUUUGUGAAUUCAGAAGGCUUGAUGUGUUUCAUCAAGGUUGGAGCGGAGGCAGACCACAACUACCAGAACUACAUUCUCCGAGCCCUCAGUCAGAUCAUGCUGUUUGUAGAUGGGAUGAACGGUGUGAUCGACCACAAUGACACUGUUCAGUGGCUCUACACUCUCAGUGGCAGCCUGUCUCGUCUGGUGGUGAAGACAGCUCUGAAGCUUCUGAUAGUGUUUGUAGAGUACACAGAGUUGAACAGUCCUCUACUCAUCCAGGCUGUCAACACUGUGGAUGGCAAGAGAGGUGUGAAGCCGUGGUCAUACCUGACAGAGAUCCUGGAGGAGAAGAAUGGCACAGACACUGAGCUGUUUAUCUUAACCAUGAACCUCAUCAACAAGACCCUUGCGGCCCUCCCGGACCAGGACUCGUUCUAUGACGUGACGGAUUGUCUGGAACAGCAAGGGAUGGAACACAUUAUGCACAAACACAUGAGCAGCAAGGUCACUGAGCCUGACCUGAAACAACAGUUCACCAUAUACGAGAGGGCUCUGAGGCACGAGGACGGAGAGAUGGAUGCCGCACCUCACAUCAGGAAGGAGAGGAGGAAGGUGACAGCCAGCGAACAGGAGGGCAGGAGAAACAGGAGAUCUUCAGCUCAGAACCUCCCCGACGUCCUUUCCUCUUCCUCCCCUACUACAUCCAACGCUAUCGCUCUCUCCUCCUCUUCCUCCCCUAAUACAUCCAACGCUAUCUCUCUCUCCUCCUCCUCCACUCCUCUCUCCCCUUCCACCUCCUCCCCUUUCUCUCCCACCUCCUCCUCCACUCUCGCCCCUUCCACCUCCUCUCCUUUCUCACCCUCCUCCUCCUCACCUUCCAACAGUCCUACAGCAGGGCUGAGUAGGACCACCUCCCCUCUCCCCUCCUCCCGUAGCUCCUCACCCCUCACCCCAACCUCCAGCCCAUCAGACUCUGGUUCUCAGCGGUCCUCUCCUCUACCGCCCCCUGAGGUGACCAACGGUACUGCAGCCUCUCCGUCUCCCACUGAACAGGAGCCCAAGGCAACCGCCAACCUGGGGCGAUCAUUCCUCAGUCACCACAUGUCUGCCUUGGGAAUCAGUAGGAGGUCACGGCUCUUUAACAAGGCUGGUUCCAUCUCUGAGGAACCUGCUCCUUCUGCCUCUCCAGCAGCAAGCAGCUCGUCUCCUACUGACUUGGCUGGCCCUGAGAAGCAGCAGCAGCCCCAGACGGUCCCGGAGCAACGAGGGAACAAGACGGAGGGGAACACCUUCAGCUCUGAGCAGGCCAGCCACAGUGCCGUUUGCCCAGAGGACUGUAAUGUUAAUAUGGACAAGCCCGUCCUCAGGAAGUUUCAAGGCACCUUCCUCCGCAACCUGGUCGCCACCCAGUGGGAGAAGACGAGUAGGAGCCAACACGAGAAGCUCCAGGAUAAACUGUCCCAGGAUGACCCCAUAGUCACGUCCCCCAGGGCCGAGGAGGAGACCUCGUCUGCAGACAGCAGCCCCAGUACACCCACUGAAGCCUCAUUCCAGGCCAGCGGUUCAGAAACAGAGCCCCAGCCGGAGCUCCACGCAGGGGAGCAGGUCUCAGGAGAGACUGGCCCCAUCCAGAGCGCCCUGGAGCAGCCUCACCCAGCAGACACCCAGGCGACCCAUAAUGAUCCAGGUGUCAGUGUCCAACAGAACACCCUGUCCAAUGAGAAGAAGUUAAUGCUGAACAUGCUUUACGCCAAGAACUCCUCGGCCGGUCCCCUGAAGAGCCCGUCAGGCACCGACCCUGACCCCGAGGAGAGCCUCUCCGGAGAGCCAGAGGAUCACAGAGGGCUGGGCAGGGCUGGUAGCAGUGUGAAGGAGCGUCUAUCUAACCUCAAGGCCCACCAGGCCCAGCCUCUACCCAGCGAGGACGGCAGUUCCAGAAGGGCAGAGCUGCAGGGUCUGGGUGGCAGUGCCCAGGCAGCGCGGGCCAGGCUGGCAGAGGAGCAGCAGAACCGACGUGUCCGUCCGCAGUACAGCAUCGACGCAGAGACCCACUCCCGAAACCUAGAGAGAACCCAGAUGACCCCUCUGACCAGGGACAGACAGGCAAACACCUGGGACCUGCUUCAACCCAGCUCCAAAGCUCUGAAGAUCAAAGACCUGGACUUCUCUGACCUCAUGGAGGAAGAGGAUAUAGAUGUGCUGGACGUGGAUGUCUUUGACGUGGGUGUUGGACGGGCCGGCGGUGGUGGUGGCGUCCCACCUCCUCCUCCACCUAUGCCUGGACUAGCCUCCGCUCCUCCACCCCCUCCUCCUCCUCCUCCUCCUCCUCCCGGGGCUCCGUGUAUGAGUCCCCCUCCUCCUCCACCUCCUCCCCCACCGGGUGGAGGUCUCUGCUCCUCUCUUCCUCCACCUCCUCCUGGAGCUCCACCUCCGCCUUUCUCCUCCUCUUCUUCCCAGCUUCCAGACCCGGCCUUUGCCAAGAAGAGAAAGACGGUCAAGUUGUUCUGGAAAGAACUCAAACAGUCAGACAGUCCCAGGAAGUGUAAAUUCGGACGCGGGACGGUGUGGGCAUCGCUGGAUAAGGUCACCGUGGAUACGGCCAAGCUGGAACACCUCUUUGAGUCCAAGGCCAAGGAGCUCCCCGUUGCUCUAAAGAAAGGAGCGGAAGUGAAGAAGGCAGAGAUACUGGUGUUAGAUUCUAAGAGGAGCAACGCCAUCAACAUCGGAAUGACCGUACUACCGGCGGUCCACGUCAUCAAGACCGCCAUCCUCAACUUUGACGAGUUUGCCAUCAACAAGGAAGGCAUCGAGAAAAUCCUGACGAUGACUCCUAGUGAGGAGGAGAAGCAGAAGAUCCAGGAGGCUCAGCUGGCCAACCCCGACGUCCCCCUGGGCUCAGCAGAACAGUUUCUCCUCACCCUGUCGUCCAUCAGUGGCCUCAGCGCUCGACUACAGCUCUGGGCCUUCAAACUCAACUAUGAAACCCUGGAGAAGGAGAUAGCUGAGCCUCUCUUCGACCUGAAACUAGGCAUGGAGCAGCUCGCCAAAAACAGAACCUUUAAGCGCAUCCUAGCAACGCUUUUGGCCAUUGGAAACUUCCUCAACAGUACCAGUGCUAAAGGUUUUGAGCUGAACUACUUGGAGAAGGUAACCGAGGUGAAGGAUACAGUCCACAGACAGUCUCUGCUCCAUCACACCUGUAACUUCAUCGUAGACAACUACACAGACACCUCCGACGUCUAUUCUGAGAUCCCCUCCAUCACACGCUCUGCUAAAGUGGAGUUUGAGCAGCUGUCAGAUAACCUGGUUCAGCUGGAGAGGAAGUGUAAGACAUCGUGGGACAAUCUGAAGGUGAUGUCUAAACACGAGACCAAGGCUGUCCUGAAGAACAAGUUGACCGACUUCCUUAAAGACUGUACAGAGAGGAUUAUCAUCCUGAAGGUGGUUCACAGACGCAUCAUCAACAGGUUCCAUUCCUUCCUGCUGUACCUAGGUCAGCCAUCCUACUCUGUUCGGGACACUAAAGUGACCCACUUUUGUAAGAUUAUCAGUGAGUUUUCUCUGGAGUACCGGACCACCAGGGAGAGGGUCCUGGCCCAGAAACACAAGCGGGCUACCCACAGGGAACGCACCAAGACCAGGGGAAAGAUGAUUACUGAGACGGAGAAGUUCUCUGGUGCGGUGUCUCCCCAGUCCCAGGACAGCCCCUCCCUUGUCUCCAGGCCUGUAGAUCCAGAGCCGGCCCAGGAGGAGCAUGAGAACAUGAAGAACAUCCUCAACAUCUCCAGCGGCACCGACCACCAGGGGAACCUGCGCCGCAACCGGGGCUACCGCAGUCUAGGCCCAGUUUCUCCAUCCCAGAUGUCUGUAGCCAAAGAGGACAGUGCCAGCUCCCAGGAUGAUGCUACGGAUGAGAUCAUGGAUCGCCUAGUCAAGUCUGUUACCAGGAACCCCACAGAGAGGCCGUCCAGCCCCAAGACACGCAAACGCUCCCGCCUCAACAGGAAGUCGUUGAGGAGGACUCUGAAGAGCGGACUUAGUGUCGACGUGGUUCAGGCUCUGGGACUCGGCAACAAGACUGGUGACAAGCUCUGAACACACAGACCUACACAGACCUACACAGACGGGUGACAAGCUCUGAACACACAGACCUACACAGACUGGUGACAAGCUCUGAACACACACACACAGACCUACACAGACUGGGUGACAAGCUCUGAACACACACACACAGACCUACACAGACUGGUGACAAGCUCUGAACACCCAGAGACACACAGACCUACACAGAUGGGUGACAAGCUCUGAACACACAGAGACACACAGACCUACACAGACAGACUGAGACGGAGUACUACCACACACACCAGCAAUGAAGAGGGAAGGAUGAAGUCAUGCCAGUACCAAGGGCCUGGAUCUUAGAAAGUCCUGAUUUGACAUAAAGAAGAGACAGUACAUAUAGGAAGGACAUGCUGGUGUUGACUACAGUACCCCCCCCUAAGGCUGGUGUUGACUACAGUACCCCCCCUAAGGCUGGUGUUGACUACAGUACCCCCCCUAAGGCUGGUGUUGACUACAGUACCCCCCCCUAAGGCUGGUGUUGACUACAGUACCCCCCCCCCUAAGGCUGGUGUUGACUACAGUACCCCCCCCUAAGGCUGGUGUUGACUACAGUACCCCCCCCCUAAGGCUGGUGUUGAAAGCAGUACCCCCCCCCUAAGGCUGGGGUUGUUCCUGUCUCACUAACAUAACACCCAUUUCUCUUCACGUCGUGCUGGAAGAUAUGAAAAACUCUACUGUUCAUUGUUUAGUUUUUUCUCCUCUAAAUGGACGAGUCACUCGGUAGAAACGCGGCGGAAGGCCCGGAGAAGCGUUUCAGGAAACGCGGCUGAAGGCCCGGAGAAGCGUUUCAGGAAACGCGGCUGAAGGCCCGGAGAAGCGUUUCAGGAAACGCGGCUGAAGGCCCGGAGAAGCGUUUCAGGAAACGCGGCUGAAGGCCCGGAGAAGCGUUUCAGGAAUUGAUGUAAAUAUACAGAUGUUUUGCUGUGGUAGACAUCAUGAUGUAUCAUAUUUAAGAGAUUUAUACAGUAUGAUGUACAUUUAACUGAACAUUAAGGACAAAUGAGACUAUUUUUAAAGACUAUUGUGUGUCUGGAAUCAGGGUGGUGGAGGGGGGGGUAACAACCUCCUGGACCGGUGGGUGGAGGGAGGAAACAGGAUGUUUUAGUCAAGAAGUGGUUGAAUAUAAAGUCUGGUACAAUUAUUAUUAUUAUUAUUAUAAUGGAUAAAAGCAUCCGAUGUUAUUAACUUUAUAUGAUUAUAGUGUGAGAGAGUCUAAUGUUCUAUAUGCUGUUAGAGGUCAUGUUGAGCCUGGUCUCAGACAACACACACACACACACACACACAGAGAGAUGUCUCAGACAACACACACACACACACACACACAGAGGGACGUCUCAGACGACACACGAGGUGAUCUGAUCCAGACAGAGGACAUAUAAACCAGGUCACAUGCCCACAUUAUUUAUCACACACACAAACCUUGUUUCACUGUUAAUACUUGGACCCCACGGGGUGUGUGUGUGUGUGUGUGAGUCUAGGUACUGUACGGUGUGUAGUAUUCUGUAUCAUAUUUCAGUUCAGGAGGGUUGAUUGUUCCAACACAAACCUUUAGGAUUCAAGCUCUGGUCAUAUAGAACAGCCUCUGGUCAUAUAGAACAGCCUCUGGUCAUAUAGAACAGCAUAGAACAACCUCUGGUCAUAUAGAACAACCUCUGGUCAUAUAGAACACCCUCUGGUCAUAUAGAACACCCUCUGGUCAUAUAGAACACCCUCUGGUCAUAUAGAACAGCAUAAAGCAACGUCUGGUCAUAUAGAACAGC